UAGAUCGGGUUCUCUUUUCUUUGUUCCUACAAACGGAAUUGUUACAUUAUUACUAAAAUAAAAAAGAAAAAGAAUAGAAAAAGAAAUUAAUUCUUUCUCCGAGAUAACCUAUUUAAAAGGGGAGAUCCAUAACAUAGUUUUUCCAGUGCAAUAAAGUUACAUAGUGUCUAUUUUUCAUUAAUAAAGGGGGUAUUUCCAUGGGUUUACCUUGGUAUCGUGUUCAUACCGUCGUAUUAAAUGAUCCCGGUCAUUUGCUGUCUGUCCAUAUAAUGCAUAUAACUUUAGUUGCUGGUUGGGCCAGUUCGAUGGCUCUUUAUGAAUUAGCAGUUUUUGAUCCCUCUGACCCCGUUCUCGAUCUAAUGUGGAGACAAGGUAUGUUCGUUAUACCCUUCAUGACUCGUUUAGGAAUAACCAAUUUAUGGGGUGGUUGGAGUAUCACAGGAGGAACUAUAAUGAAUCCGGGUAUUUGGAGUUAUGAAGGCGUGGCUGGGGUGCAUAUUGUGUUUUCUGGCUUGUGCUUCUUGGCAGCUAUUUGGCAUUGGGUGUAUUGGGAUCUAGAAAUCUUUUGCGAUGAACGUACAGGAAAACCUUCUUUGGAUUUGCCAAAGAUCUUUGGAAUUCAUUUAUUUCUCUCAGGGGUGGCUUGCUUUGGGUUUGGCGCUUUUCAUAUAACCGGGUUGUAUGGUCCUGGAAAAUGGGUUUCCGAUCCUUAUGGACUAACUAGAAAGGUACAACCCGUAAGUCCAACAUGGGGUGUGGAAGGGUUUGAUCCUUUUGUUCCGGGAGGAAUAGCCUCUCAUCAUAUUGCAGCGGGUACAUUGGGUAUAUUAGCGGGCCUAUUCCAUCUUAGUGUGUGUCCGUCCCAAUGUUUAUACAAAGGAUUACGUAUGGGAAAUAUUGAAAUUGUCCUUUCUAGUAGUAUAGUUGCUGUUUUUUUUUGCAGCUUUUGUUGUUGCUGGAAUUAUGUGGUUUGGUUCAACAACUACUCCGAUUGAAUUAUUUGGUCCCACUCGUUAUCAAUGGGAUCAAGGAUACUUCCAGUAAGAAAUAUAUCGAAGAGUUAGUGCUGGGCUGGCCGAAAAUCAAAGUUUAUCUGAAGCUUGGUCUAAAAUUCCCGAAA